AUGUUCACUGACUGCGAAGAGGUGCGCUGCGACCACAUGAUUGUUACGCCCCCGUCGCACCUCUUCGCAGGCAUUGGAAUUAAAGUUCAUGUUGGGCCCGCCCAAAAGCAAGAGUAUUCGGGAUAUUCGGGAUUCAAGAAUCACUCUGCUCAGGCCAACGGAAUCGAAGAGCAUCCUGGGCCAUGNUGGCUUCACGCUUUCAUCGAAUUCCAGACUCUACUCCUCUCCGUCGAUUAUUCCCUUCUCCCGUCUCGAUGGAACUUGGGCAAUCUCGAUUCCCCGCUUCGCCGUUCAGUUCCUGCGGACCUACUGCCGUACUUGGAGUUGGGGGAGACGACGCUGGAGGAGCUGAGGAGACUGCUCAAACUUCCAGGCUGGUCAUUGGCGGACUCAGCUCCCUAUAAUACCUCCAUCAAACGCAUCAACAUCCCCGAAUAUUCUCAAACCAUCUUCCUCACGCAGGAUAUAGGACAGCACGGGAGAAUCACUUACGUUCAGAGUACCCAUCUGUUCUUCAGUCGGGACUUCGUGAAUAUGAAUUAUUGGAUCUACGAUCACCUGGAGAAGAGCUAUUACCUGGCAUACGUCAGCACGAAAUACAAGCUUCUGCCAUUAAACUCGCUAUUUACGAGAGCCAACACGGGGCCUAGCGGGAUGCGAAUAUCGCGGAAAACAGGAGACCCGUCUCGUUGCGUCUUGGAAUGGGUCUUCAAUGUGGACCUUAAAAUGUUCAUCCCAGACUUGAUCAUGAGCCGAGUGAUCCCCUCCAAAUUGAAGCAAUACGUGGAAAGCCUUCAAAUACGGAUCAAAGAUAUCAGAAAAUCGAAGUAGUAGGAAACGUAACGGCACGAUGAUCACGGCGACUUCAUUCAACUCAGGUCUUCUUGUCCUUCGAAGCAGAAUUUGGGAAUUAUCGAAUUAUCGCUGGAAUCCCAGCCUUCAUCUUGCCUUGACAAUCAUUGUGGUGUCGUAUCCGAAUUUUUACUCUUGGAACGAAACUCAGGUCAAGAAAUGGAAUCCCGAAUCUCAAAUGAGGAUGGAGAUCUGGGAAAUGUUCUCGUAAUUCCAGGUCUCAUGUGAAUUACGAAGGAGAAAAGGAUUGUCAUUCAUUUGUUUGUUAUUCAUUGCUUUGAGUAAAUAUUCCCUUCUUAUUUUGUUUGGGAAAAUAACGAUGGAAAGUUUGUGGAAUUCUGAAUCAAAUUUGAAUCGUUUCGCAUAUUUUUCUGGGAAACUCGAAUCAAAUACCGAACCGUCAGUAAUCAAACGUGAUUCAAAUUACUCCUCAUCGUUUCAAACCGAGCUAGAAUCGGAUUCGCGCAGAAUCUCGAUUUUGGAAUUGCCCAUCAUUCAUUUGAAUGCGUCUUUUUGUUAGGGCAUGACUCCACGGGCAUUCAACAUGUGAUAUGAUUGUGACACUCGAGCAUGUGACCUUGAAAAGUGAUAUGUAUUACUUUGAAUGUUGUGAUGAUGGUGAUAUAUGAUGCGAAUUUUCUGUUGUCUGCAUUUAUACUCG